CUCCUCGUGCCUUCCUCUGCUCUGGGAAGUGGGGUCGCCUCCCUCCGCGAGACAUGUCGUGCUACAGCCCCUGCCUGCCAGCCGCCUGCGGCCCAACCCCGCUUGCCAACAGCUGCAACGAGCCGUGCGUCAUCCGGUGCGCCGACUCCAGCGUUGCGAUCCAGCCCUCGCCAGUCCUGGUGACGCUGCCGGGCCCAAUCCUCAGCUCCUUCCCUCAGAGCACAGCUGUGGGAUCCACCGCGUCGGCUGCCGUGGGGAGCUCUCUCAGCGCUGGCGGUGUGCCCAUCGCUUCUGGGGGCUCCCUGGGGGGCUUUGGGUGGUCCGGUCUGGGCCGUGGGCUCUGUGGGCCUCUGGGACGGGGCAAUCUCUUAUGCUGAAGCCCGUGGAUU